GGACUCGUCGGACUAGCGGUGGGGUUGCUUUCACAUCGCCACUAUCUUCUGAUAUGUAUGCAGGGUCUCAGCAUCCCUGUCACGAUGAUAUCUUGCGCAGCCGUCACACUGCUAGCUGAGUUCAUCAUACUCAUGUCAGAAAAACUGUCUCUGGGAGCGCUCGGAUAUCUUGUUUCCCUAUCCCUGGGCCUGGUGCCGUACCGCCGUCUCCUGAUAGUCAAGUCCCGGUUCAAACCUGAAGACGAGAUUCAAAGCAUGACUCCUGCCCAAGGUCACGUAUGUCAUUCAACGUUUGGCAUAUUGUACGUAGUUCGAGUACAAUGCGCUGAAUUUGCAGAGGCCAUUGGUUCCUACUGUUGUUGUAGAAUUGUUUUACAAACUGGCAUCCCACUCGCUCUGUGUCUCACAAGCAUCAGUGCAGGUUUCGGCUCUGGGCUAUCGCAAUCGCAAGCGUCGAUUCGUCAUACGUUUCAGUACCGUGGAACAGCAGGCGUUCUAUGUGGUUUGGAUGGAGAUCGGCUUGCCUUGACUUCCAGCCUGGAUAUAAGGUGGUCUCGUGCCCCCGUUACAGUCCGGUUGGUGUUCUUCGAUCCAGACCAGAUCCCUUCUACAGACAUUCUUGUCAUCUCCAAUUCCUUAACAAGCAGGAUAUGUGGAGACCCAGACGAGGCGGCCGGUGUAGUGUAUAAGUCCCGAGACGGUAUUGGAACUUGUUCGGACGAGCUGCUUAAAAUGAAUGACAUGUCGUAUGCAAGAGACUCGAUAGGUCUUUUCCGAAUUACUUCUCACUGUCACUAUUGCUCCAAAUGUGUGGGGGUAUUGAGCACACGAGCUGCCUUCGUUUUCGCAUUGCGUGGAGAUAGAGGUCUGGAGCGCCCAUUGAAAUUACAGUACACUAGAAUGAGUCUUGAAUCCGGCCUCUACAUCAUCUCCUCUCAGGUUGAGAACCGUUACGUCGGUCAGAAUCUCGCCGAGGGCCCUCCCCUAGUCCCCAAGGAUAUCUUUGCCUUACCCGAAGGUGUUCGAGCUCCAAGGUGGAUCGUCGAGCGCAAUGACAAGGGCUACCGGUUGGUGGCCGAUAGAGCUCCUACCGGUGUUUUGGAGGAUCGAGUUGUCGCACUCGUCAUCGACAGGGCCACUGGGAUCGAGGAUUGGAUCCUCACUGCCCAGCCUCAACAUGGCGAGAACGUCUACAUAAUCGAGAGACAGGACCGCAGCUCGGGUUGGGUUGUGAAGGAGGACGGUGAUUCCACGUUUGGCGAUCCUAUCCUGGCUAAGCCGUUGAUUGCGACAAUGAGUUUGCCUCCUCAGUAUCUUCCCACUGAGCUCUUCACAUUCGUUCGCAUCGACAGGGAGGACUAAGAGAUUCACCAAUGGAUUCAGUUAUAAACUUUCUGCCAGGCU